AUGUCGAAGAAUAUCUCUCUCAAUCGGCCAGCGUCUGGGUCGGAAUCGUCUGCGGUUGUCGAGAUCCGGUAUCCUGGAAUUGAAGGGGAUCGGUUCAUAAAUGGGGCCAAAGGUGCUAUAAACAGCCUCACUAUGGCACUUUGUGACAAUGAAGCAGUGGAAGCCUUCAUCCAAAUGACUGAGGAACGGCGGGUUGUCCCUGUGCUGGGCGACGUACCAAGUGCUGCGGGGAGUCCUAAAAAGGAGUCGAUUGCCUUCAUUGAGUUAGGAUCAGCUUCUGCAGACGACAACCAUGAAAAGAGUAAGAGAUUGGAUGCUACGAUGACCUCUGAGGCGGAUGGUUCGUCUCCUCUCCGCAAUAUUUCGUUGCGUACACGUCAGAAGGUUCGCAUGACUGCUGCAUCUACAACACAAACUCAUACUUCGAAGUCUGCGUCGAGUUCUAGUGUCAAGCCGGCCGAGGACACACCUACCUUGAAGCGGCCCUCAGAGGUAAGACCAUUGAUUGAACGACUACGUGCUUCCCAGGAAGGUCCGAAUGGUGCGCACUUGAAAGCAAAAGUAAGCUCACAGCAGUCGCAAAUGCGUCACAGGGAUUCGGGCGCAGACCUGGUGAAAGGUGUAUUGGGGGAAGGACCAUCAUUCGACUUGUCUGCGGCUGUUACUACCCGGACUUUUCAAUCUCAACCACGUGGCCUAGGCCAGACUCCGUCAUCCAACAAGUCGAUACACAAGCAGCCCGCUGAGUUAGCGGACAGGCUAGCUUCUAAUUCAUCGAAGGGAGGGGUCAAAAUCAUCGGUGCAGAUCCUGGACGACGUGGUGAUAAGCGAAAAGUUGGAUCUGCCCGCAAACGGCCCAGGGACCAGAUCACCAUGGCAAAACUAGCUGAAGCCCAGCCUGGCUUGGAAGGCAAUUCCCAAGUUGGGAAUGCUCCGGCGAAAGGGGGCCUCAAGCGGAAGACAAUCAAGGGCUCUACGGCGCAUACGAACGAACAGUCACAGAAACCGUCUCAAUCCACCCCAAAGACAGCUCAGUUUGACCUCCCCCCUGACGAUGACGAGGAACCCCGUCCCACGAAGAAGGCAAAGACGAAGAAUCCGAAGCCUACGUCGAUGGCCUCUGUGAAGGAGUCUAUAGAGAAGAAAAAGGGGAAUGUCCAGAUCGCGGCUUCACCAAAAGGCCAAAAGAAAAGGGGGCCCGAGAACAAGUUGGGCAAGAGGUCAGAGAAAAAGAUCCAGAAGACGGCCACCUCGACGCGAGCCAGACGAGCUGGCAAAACACCAAAAUACGUAGAAGAAUCCAACGAGAGCGGCGAGGGCAGUGCAGGGCAAGAGACCAAUGAAGAGGAGGAGAUAGAGGAGCACGACCAAAAGGAUGACAAAGUCGACGAGGAUGUUGAAGACUCACACCCACUCAGCAAAGGAGGGCUAGAAGAUCCUCUGAAAGUUUCACAGCUCGAAUUUGAAUCAAACAUGCGAGGGACCGUCGAUGGAGACUGCACUGCGGAGAAGGGUGUGCCGACGGAAGGAGCUCCUUCGCGAGAUGCUUCAGACGAGCAAGCCGAACCAAAGCCCAAUUCUCUCGUACAACCUGUCCCCCAUGAGCAUACUCCUGCGAGGAAGGACAAGCACGUGCCGAAUCCUCCGGGCGCAAAGGCUGUCCCCAAAGACAAGCCCAGUAUAACCACCCAUGCUAAGCAAAAAUCUACACCUAGGCCCAUCUCGGAAAGACUGAGUGAGAGUUCAAUACCCCCCGUGAGCGAAAAGCUAUUCAGGAAGACUAAAAUUGUGCAUUUUGGUCCUCAAGGUCCUGACAAUCAGGCUGUUCAACAAAAUUCCCUUGCGGAAGUAGCCGAGCCUGAAACGACAAAAGAGGCCAGCCCGAUACCUCAACAGGCAGGAUUGGUUCAGGGAGAACAUGUGAUAGACAUCGACGAGGUUGUUCAAGACCGCUACUUUGAGCCUAUACUCAAGUCACCGGAAAUCAAGGGGAUCCAGCCGUCACCCGCACAAGAUGACGGCGAUAUCCUGGAAGACCCCAAAGGACGAGAUUUGGUUGUUAAGACACAUGUCGAGGACCGGGAUGAGCAAAGCGUUGAAAGGCAUAAUGGAUUAGCGACGGAUAUGUCCUAUGACAAGGAAACCUCGGAAGAUGUCUUCCCUGAAGGUGAAGAGGGGGCAAGCGAGCACUACUUCCAGCUUCCAAAUGCUUCUAGCUCUCUGAAACCCGAUAUGCAACAGUUGAAACCACAGACACCCGUUCUUGACGACGAGGUGUCUGCCUGCGAGGCCCCCGAAGCUAAAGGACCUCCAGUUUCUCAAAAGCCAACUCGCCAGUCUAUCGGGAUCAACGCCGUCUUGGAUGAGGAAUAUCCCCAGGCUCAAAAGGUCGUCAACACCGAUACACUCCGUGCAAACCACCAGCGCCCCACAAUGAGGGAAGUCAGGCGAAGGAGUGUUGCGCCCGACGUGCCCUCUCCAGUCUCCCAGGAAGUGGUCAAGUCUUACCAACUUGGGUCGACCCAUGAAAGAGACGAGGUGGAAGUGGUCUCUAAUGAUAAUGUUACAUAUAGUGGGUUUCCAAUUCCUGCCUCGCAAAAUAUACGGGGAAAUGCGAACGAUGUCUACGACCGAACUAUUCCAUCGAGGAAGGAAAACUCACAGAUUGUUCCACAGCAUGGACACGGGCUUUCCAUAUCGCUACCACGCUCUGCGGCCGAGCCGAUGGGUCCUCCUCUGCCACGGACGGAGCCAUUCGGAUCAGUUCAGCGACCCAAUCCUCUUCGCAAAUCCUGGCCCGAAUCACAGGUGGAGGGGCAGGCGGCUUUGCCUCAAAUGCUAAUGAAUGAGGCAUACAGACCAGCCAUUACCGGACCUGUUCGAGUGAAAAAGAGCCUGAGUCUCUCCCAUGCAGGUGGUGGACCCGUACUUGAACCCGAAAUGCCUCCAGCAACGCCUGCCUCCUUUUCUACGCGCCUUAACUUAGACCUACCCCUCCCAGCAAACGUGACACCAGGCAACGAAGGCUCGAAGAUGACCGAACAUGGAGAUACUUGUCAAAACGCCGGUAAUGACAGCCUGGCUCUUGUUAACGAAGACGAAAACUUUUUUGGAGAUCGCUCAACCAAGGGGCCCAGACUAGGACGGAGACAACGAUCUGAAUCUGGGGAUGAUAGCUUCGUGGUUUCUGCCACUUUCCACAGAACGGGAGAAGCCGUCAGACAGGGCGAUCCGAUGAUGGGUGUUAUAUCUGCCCGUGAAUCUCAACGGGGUCUUUUAGAUGCGAUCAUCAACAUAACCAAUGAUGUCCUAUUCCGCUUUGGCACAGAAGAAGACGCCAUGAAAGCAAAAGUUGACGAAUACCAUCGUGGGGGGAAGGAAAUCAUCCGAACACUAACAGAUACAUGGAAUCAACGUCUGGAGCACGGGAACCGUCUCCUAGUGGAUGUGUUGAAGGCAGAGAAGGAGGUUCUCACGACGGCACUUCAGCUCGUGAGAGACCGACAGCAUUCGGGUGGAGCGUGGAAGGAGAUAGUUUAUGAUCAGGGGCUGACGGGAAAGGUGCAGGAGAAGAGAGAUAGUCUUCUAAAGGUGAUUGAAAAGCUGACGAAUAGAGGCUGA